AUGAAUAGCUAUUUAAAAUAUGCAGUUUAAUAAGAAAUUGAAUAGCUUGGUUAUCUUGAGAAGCCAAUAUAAAUUUCCACUUUAGGAGUCAUAAUAAAAAUUGUUUCAAAGUUGUUUUCCUUUUUUAAUCUCCAGCAUCUGUUUUAAAAGUAUAUUGAAACUUGGAAUUGUAUCAACGUUUACUCUUUUGGCCAAAAAUUUCCAUCUAACUCUUUUUAUUUGUCCAAUCCUCUUUUACAUUUUUAUGUUUCUCCCCUCUUCUAUUAAUAGCUUCAUUUAAGAAGUUUGGUGGAUCUACAAAAAAUAAUUUCUUGCAGCCUAAUAUUCUUUUAUUUAUCAUUAUUAAUAUUUACUAUAAUUAAAUAAUUUUUUUAAAGGAGAAAUGCAAGAAAUAACUAUUAUAUUAUUAUGUUUUUUAUUUCUUUUAAAUUAAAAAAUUUUAAUUUCUUCAAGAUAACAGAAAUAAAAGAAGUCAAUUCCUCUGAUAUAUUUUUUUCAAACUUAUUUUCAGUUGUCCCCAUAAACAAUCUAUAAUAGAAGUUGAAAUCAUUAUAAGAUAGAAAGAGUUAAAAAAGAAAAAGGAUUAAUCAAAAAAAAUUAUUUUACAGAAUAAAUGUGAAAAUCCUAAUUUUAGAUAAUAAUCAGUAUCGUUUAUUUUUUUAUUAGAGGGAUUUCUAAAUAAUACAAUUAUAAAUAAUUAAAAAAAAAAUCAAUGGAAUUUCUUUGAAAAAAAUUUGUUAAGAGCUAUUCAUUUGGUAAGAAGUUACUAAAGAAUUUGAAAUUUUUGAGAAGAAAUUUUCGAAGAUUAAAAUAUAAAUCGUAUUUACUAAAGAUUACAAAAUAAUAUAUAAGCUGAAUGAAAAGAUUUUGAGAGAGUAAAAUUUAUAAUUAAUUCAAAAAGGGAAGUGGUCUAAGACAUAUUUAAGUAUCCAGAAAUAAUGACUAGUAUGGAAUAGAUAUUACAUCUUAAGUGGCAUGGUCAAUGGGGGCUAGACAAUAAAAAAUAUGGUAGGUGGAGAGUAUCUUGGCAAAGUAAUGUUCUUAAAGAGGUUGGCGGAUACUAUAUGGAUGGAUUAAAGCAAGGUUUAUGGAAAGAACUACAUAAAAAUUAUUAUACGUAUAAUAUUCUAAUUUUUAAUAAGUAGUGAUGCUCAAUUAUUUGAAAUUGGAGAAGAUUAUAAUGAUCUAAAAAGAAGUAAGUGGAAUUAUAUCUAUAAAAAUAAUAUGAUGUAACAACUUUUAAAUGUCAUUUUGUAAUCAGCAGUAAAUAGAAAUAAUAAAUUAUUCCCUUUAGAAUUAGAAAAAUCUAAAUUCUUUAUAUUAAAUUAUUAUUUAAUUUUAAUAUGUAGAAAUCACAUUUAAUUCAAAAAAUAUAAAUAUCAAUGUUAUAAAAUUUUUGAUAUUUAUUCUGAAAAUAAGAGAUAAUAAUUCAUCAUAAUAAAAUUGAUUUAAGUUUAAUAAAAAUAGAAGAAAAGAGUUAAAAGACUAAAUAAUUUUUAUUAAAUUUUCUGA